GGGGGGGGGGGGUUUGUUUUCUUUUCUUUUGUGAAAAUGUUCCCCGCCAAAAGAUGGCGUCCAAAUGGACCAAAAGGCUGCUUUCGUGCAGCCCAAAGCCGCCCAUGUGAUGCGCCUGAUGGGCCGCAAUAAAACACUCAAACAUGAGGGAAAGAAUGACCUUUGGAAUUGUGCACAGUGCCACAAACUCGGCCGCAUUCCAGCCUCAGUCCCCACAUUGCCGAAACUUUGCUGUUUGCUAUUUGGCGGCGGCUCGGAGGUGCUGCGGAUAUUAAAAGAACAAUUUCAUUUGUCCAAAGAACACUGUUUAUGAAUUAUACACACACCAUUUUUGUUUUUUUUUUAAAUUAAGCAACUGUUAGAAAUAAGUACACAUCAAAAACGUAUUUUUGGAGUGUUUAUACUAUAAUUGACAUUUCACGUGGACUUGAUGAUCUAAAAAAAUACGCUGCGGACGUGCUUCCUGCAAACAUUUGCUGCAAAUGCGGGAUGGUCACAUAUGGCCGCGAAUAAGGUGAAGGGAAAGGACGUUUAUGGCAAGUCACUUCCUCGUCUUUGUUGUCUCUUUUGUGGCCCAUUGAGGCUCCCGAACAACAGAGCAAACAACGUUGCACAAGAUACUCAACAAAUCAAUGAGGUGCACUAACACCCGCAGCGGGCGAAUGCACGUUUCAACAACUCUCGCUGAUUCAUUUUUCCAAUAGGACCUGUUGAUAAGUGAUUAUUGCAAUUUGAUUUGCAGGUUUUGGGGAUUAUGUUCCGCUGCUGAUCAGCUACAUUAAAAAAAAAAAACAUUAAAUAAAAUAAAAAUCACUUUAAAUUCACUCGCACCCAAUUUAUCAAGGCAGGGGGAAAAAAAACAAAAAAACGCAGACAGCAAUUAUAAUAUCCGUUUGGAGUCGAACAAAUGACACUGCGCUCAAAGACAAUCGCUCAAGUUUUGCGCGUUGGUGGUGUGCCUCAAAAGCAAUUUCCAGAGCCAUUAUUUGUCGCUCAGAUCAUCAGCGGUUUGCCUGCUCCCUUCCACGGUGCGUGUCACAGGAAUGCGCACAAAACUUGAUCGUAUUUGAACUCCACACACGGAGUGUUUAAAAGUUAUACCUGGACGCUGGUCGCAUGUGUGUGGAGUAUUUAUGUCUGCAGACGGAGUGUGUGUGUGUGUGUGUGUGUGUGUGUGUGUGUUUAUCUAUUUUUAUUUUUUUUUUUAAAAGAGCGUCAGAAAUGUUCAUUAAAGUACUUUUUUUUUUUUUUUGUACUUUCUGCUUCAGGCUGCUUUGCCUUUGCUGCAGAGAUAGUUGAUGGUGAGCCGGGGAACGUCACUUGUUUUAUUGCCCCCCACCCACCCCCCACAUAAGAGAGACCAUAAACGCAUUCUUACCACCUCCCCCCGUUCACUGCAAAAAAAAAGCUUUGAAAAUUGCUCACAAGUCAAACAAUUUCAUCGCUUCGUGCAAACCCUGACGCUACGCGAGAAAGUCCUGAAUAUUGGUUUGGAUAAAUAUGAAACGCCCAUUUGAAUCUGUGAUAUUCCUCUUCCCCAAAAAAAAAUACAAAAGGCAUUUGUGUGUACGUUUCAACAUAUUUCCAGGGGGAAUCGUGUAUAUAGCAAUAUCAGACGUCAUUACUAUUCGCACUGAUUGCGGUAUGAAUAGACAAUAUCCUCAAUGAGUGUCGGGGACGUGACUCGGCGGGGAUCGAAAUGCAAAAUGUGCCACCGCCGUUCGAAUGUCAUCGGUGUCAAGCGUGCUUGGGAGCGAGCUUUUAUUGGAGUAAACAGCUCCUUCCUCGCGUCUCGGCACGGUUGUGUGUCACUUCCACCGUUGAUCGGCAUUUUGCACUAAUGCUCAUGCAGCUCUCGGCUGCGAGCUACAGUUUCUCCCGCAGUCCCGCCCCGCCAUUGGUGGAGCCGGGUCAGCUGACUUGGUCAUAUUGUCUCCGAGCGAGCCAAGCCUCGGCUAUAACACUCGGCUUUGUGCGUCUUAACCGGAGAUUCCAAAUUAAUAAUAUUGAAUCGUCCAAGUAGCGGGGAGGCACGCGUAGUGGAGGUGGUAUCGGGGGACGCGGCCCAAAAAAAAAAGAGAAGAAGAGCUCGCAGAAAGGUGUGGUUGGCUGACACACGCGGGAGGGAGAUUUACUGGGAAGGGAGAUUGAAAAGAGAGCGAUAAAGAAGUGGGGAGAGUUGGAGAAGAGGGUUACGAGGCAAGGUAUGAAUUCUUAUUUCGCGAACCCGUCGCUCUCCUGCCAUUUAUCCGGCGGCCAAGAGGUUUUGCCCAACGUGCCCAUCAACUCCAGCACCUAUGACACAGUCCGACAUUUCUCGUCGUACGGCGCCGCUGUGAGCCAGAACCAUCGGAUAUACGCACCUUUCUACUCCCCUCAAGAUAACGUGGUGUUCGGCUCCGGCCGGGCUCAGUACGACUAUGGCUCAAACGUGUUCCUGCAGGACAAGGACGUGCUGCCCAGCUGCAGGCAAACAAACAUGGGACUCAACAGCACACAGAGCCACAUUGGCCAAGACUACACUUUGGAGCAGAGCAGGGCGGCCCAGGAGCAGAAGAGCAACAUCCCGAUCUACCCGUGGAUGCAGCGCAUGAACUCACACAGCGCAGGAGUGGGCUACGGGACAGACAGGCGCAGGGGACGUCAGAUCUACUCCCGCUACCAAACCCUCGAGCUGGAGAAGGAGUUCCACUUCAACCGCUACCUGACCCGGCGCAGACGCAUCGAGAUCGCCAACGCGCUCUGCCUGACCGAGCGCCAGAUCAAGAUCUGGUUCCAGAACCGGCGCAUGAAGUGGAAGAAGGAGAGCAACCUGACGUCCGCGGUGGUCGCGGGGGAGUCCACGGCGGCCACGCAAGAGGAGGAAGGCAGUGGGGGCGCGGUGAAAGAAGACAAGGAGGACGAGGACAAGAAAAAGAAGGAAUAGUUCCCCGGGAGAUGGAAAAUACAACCCCAACAUUACUACCUAAAGAUGGAGCUGAAAGGGACGACACUGCAUGAUGGCUCCCCCUCCUCGUGUUUAUCAUAUCACGGAGGUGGUGAGCCUUAAAAAAAAAACACAAAAAAAACAAAACAAAACAAAACAAAAAACAAAUCCCAAUCAUUUCAGCCACAUUCUGAACCCUGUGACUCUGGAUCACUCAUAUGUUGUUAUUGUAUCAUUAUUAUUAUUAUUAUUUUUUUUUUACCAUGUCAGUGUCACACUUGUACUGUGCAAAUAAUAAGAAUAAAAAAAAAAAAGAAAACAACAACAAAGUAUUAAUUCCUACAUUAUUUCCAGUGCCAGUAUAAACUAUUUAUCCCACACGCAGACAAUGAAUGCAUCACUGUGAAGUCUCUGCUCACCAAAUACAGUAUUAAGUUAGUCUCGACAUUCCACGGAAGGAAGGAAUUGGACCCUUAAUUUGGUCAGUGGAAUUUACUACUUGAAUAUAUAUAUAUAUAUAUAUAUAUAUAUAUAUAUAUAUAUAUACAUAGCUCUUGCAAAAACUCGAGUUGCACAAAUAGACUGUAGUACACACGCACAUAAACACAUGUAUAAAUAUAUGCUGUUUAUUGGCUGAUCAGACUAACAUGAUAUUAUGCAAAUCCUUUCAAGGAUGUAUAUGUGCAUUUAGUUGCUUUAAUAGACAACACAUCACACCGAAUUGCGCUUAAACCCCUUUACCUUUUUUUUUUUUUUUUUUUUUUUUUGGGACUCAUUGACACAAUUACUUGUGAAAUAUAUAUGUACACGUCGGUAUUUUAUUUGUAUUUUUUGAAUUGGAGAGUUCACGUUUUGUCAUCGUGGUGUAUCAUGGAAUAAAAUAUUUGUAAAACUUUGGCAUUUGUGAGGUGUGUAUCUUGUAUGGGAGCAUCAUUACAUGAGCGUGGUGAGUUUGGGGGCGGGGGGGGGGGGGUUUAAAAUAAGUUAUUGGGCUUAAUUUGGUCACACUUUGGCACAAACACAUGAUGGACUUUAUAACAUUAAAAAAAAAAAAAAAAAAAAAUUCUUAUGGAC